GCCAUGAAUCCCAGUCCCCGUCUCCAUUCCCAUCGUCUCCACCAUCUUUCAUGGCCAUGUCCACUUUCCUCCUCUGCCUCUCUCCGAAACCCCCUCAAAACCCCAUUUCAAGAAAGCCCAUUUCACCUCUCAAGCACCCCAGCAUUUUUAUCUCAAGGAGGCUUGGUAUUAUUUUCACUACCACUUCACUGAGCUCUGUCCUCUCCUUGGCCCUUCAAUGCCCUCAAAUCCCCCCAUCUUCUGCUGCUGAAGCAUCAUCAACUUCUUUUCUAUCAGGAAUUGCCAAUACCAAAUCUUGGUUUCAGUUCUAUGGCGAUGGAUUUGCCAUCCGGGUCCCACCUCAGUUUGAAGACAUCUUGGAGCCUGAGGAUUAUAACGCUGGACUGUCUCUGUAUGGAGAUAAGGCAAAGCCAAAGACUUUUGCUGCGCGAUUUGCAUCUCCAGAUGGAUCCGAAGUGUUAAGUGUUGUCAUUCGCCCUUCUAAUCAACUGAAGAUCACAUUCUUAGAGGCCAAAGAUGUUACUGAUUUAGGCUCCAUAAAGGAGGCUGCUAAAAUAUUUGUUCCAGGUGGAGCAACCCUUUAUUCUGCCCGCACAAUAAAAAUAAAGGAGGAUGAAGGAUUUAGGACUUACUACUUCUAUGAGUUUGGUAGCGAUGAGCAACAUGUUGCACUUGUAGCUGCUGUAAAUAGUGGAAAAGCCAUUAUUGCUGGAGCUACUGCACCACAGCACAAGUGGAAUGAUGAUGGUGUGAAGCUUCGUUCUGCUGCUGUCUCGUUGACAGUCUUAUAGCCUAUAAUCUGGUGCUAAGAUUUCUUCAUAAACCGGAUUUCCUUUUGACUAGGACAAAGAAGAUGCUACAGAUAACAGCUGAAAGUAAAUACCGACACUGUCAUCAGUCAUCUCAAGCCUUUUCAGUAAUAGGCAUUAUGAAUAAUUUCUGCUGAGGAUGCCUGUUAUAGGCAAAAACUUUCUUCUUUGCCAUAGCAGCAUGUAGGAGUAGGGAUAUAUACAUGUGUUGUAUGCAUAUGUCGAGAGAUUUACUUAAGCUGGAAAGGGGCCUAAAUUUUUUUGGUGGUUGUAGUUUCAAACAGCAAGCUGAGAAUGAUUGGUCCUUUCUUUUUUGGGUGCUGAGAUUUUUGUUAGUAGGCUAGUUAUUAUAUCUUGUCAGCUCCAAGACAUGUAAUCAACUUUUCAUGACUUCAAAUUUUCAUCUUCAUUGGUUGUUAUGUUUGCU